UUACAAAUUUUUAUCUAAACAAAAAGUAAGGUUAUGUUCUGUUAAGUUGGGUUUGACAGAUGAGUAAUUAAUCAAAUAUUUAAGUUUAAAACGAUUUAAUACCAUGGCACUUAAAAAGAAAAUUUGUGUGGUUGUUUUGGGCGAUAUAGGCCGUAGUCCACGAAUGCAAUAUCACUCAGAAUCGUUUGCUGAACAAGGGGAUAUUGUGGAUAUAGUUUGUUAUAGAGAAACACUCCCGAAAUCUACUUUAAUAGCCCAACCUCUCGUUAGUUUUCAUUAUUUAGCCCCCUAUCCAACAUUGAUGUUGCCAAAGUUUUUGAAUUAUGUUUUUAAAACUUUAUGGCAAGCGAUUAAUUUAUUAUUUGUGCUUUUAAUUACAAGAAAACCGGAUAUAGUUUUGGUACAAAAUCCUCCAGCUGUUCCUGCCCUUCUUGUUUGUUGGGUAUUUAGUUUAAUUUGUGGGGCUAAAUAUGUUAUCGAUUGGCAUAAUUACGCUUAUAGUAUUAUGGCUUUAAACGUUGGAAAAAAUAACGUUUUGGUAAAAGUUACUAAGAAAAUUGAAGAGUUUAUUGGUAGAAGGGCAACUAAUUUAUGUGUUACUAAAGAAAUGAAGAAGGAUUUAAUGGAAAAUUGGGGAAUAAGAGCUACUACUUUGUACGAUCGACCCUCCGAUGUAUUUCAUUCAAUAACUCUUGAAGAAAAACACAGUUUAUUAAAGAAAUUAUCCUCUAAAUAUGAAUGUCUUGGAUCUCCCAGUGAGGAUGAAACAGUUAUCUCGAAUCUUGAAGACAACAAAGUAAUUUUAAAAGAAAAUAGACCUGGAAUUAUUAUUUCAAGUACUAGCUGGACUGAAGACGAAGAUUUUUCUAUUUUACUCAAAGCGUUAAUAAAUUACGAAAACCACAUUAAAGAAGAUAACAUAAAGCAAUUACCAAAUUUAAUAUGUAUUAUAACAGGAAAAGGUCCACUAAAAUCUUAUUAUCUAAACAAAAUAAAUCAACUUGAAUUGAAACACAUAAAAAUAAUAACCCCAUGGUUAGAAGCUGAAGAUUAUCCAAAAAUAAUAGCUUCAGCUGAUUUAGGAGUUUCUCUUCAUACGAGUUCAAGUGGGCUCGAUUUACCAAUGAAAGUUGUUGAUAUGUUUGGUUGUGGAAUUCCAGUUUGUGCAUAUGAUUUUAAAUCUUUAUACGAAUUAGUUAAACAUGAAGAAAACGGCUUUGUAUUUAAAGAUGCUGAAGAAUUAAGCGAUCAAAUUCAAAGUUGGUUUCAGGAAUUUCCAAAUAAUAAAAUUCAAAAUAAUCAAAAAGAGGCUUUUCUAAAUGAAAUUAAUAAUUUUAGAGAAUUAGGUUGGAGGGAAAAUUGGAAUAUGAUUGCUUCGAGCGUAUUUGAAUAACUUUAAAUGUCAAUGUGCGGUUGAAGACAAUUUGGGUUGCCUAUAUUAAUUUAAUAAAGAUUAGAACAUUUACAACUA